AAUAACAACAUCCAAAUCCGCGAUUCUCUCUCUAUUCUGUGUGUGUACAACACGCAAUAAAGUGUAAUAUCAUCCGAAGCAGCUCCGUGGAGAAAGGCGGUGUAAACCGGGCUCGAAACUGCGGCGUUGUUCCCAGUACAGUGUUUGCAGCUGAAGUUAGUGCCGCUGGCGGAGUGAUAUAUUUGUUGGUUAUUUACAGUACGUUUUAUAGCACGCGCUCAUGAUAUACAAGAUCGCGUGAAGAGUUGAAUUUGUUAUCGCGCACAAAUUUCCGCAUACUGUCGAGUCUCUGUCAAACCCCGGCACCUCACCAAGACUAAAGGAAUUUAAACAUACAGCCUACAAUCACCUGUCACUUUACCUCCUGAAACAAUUGAGCUUGGUGCGCCGUAUCCAAUGAUUCCGCCCCUUUGUUCCCUUUUCUGAAUUCUGAUUGGAACAAUGGAACAUCAGUCCCUUCCAAACAAGUAACUGUGGCAGGAGAGUGCAGUGGUCCAGCCCUGUGGAUGCUGAACGGGCAGGGAGGUUAAACGAAGCGCUGGAACUGAAGACGGCCGCAAAUAAGCAAGUCCUUGGAGAAGGUUUUUAAGUCAUGAUGCAGGAGUCAGGGACAGAGGCGACAAACGGAACGGCCAAUCAGAACGGCGCUCCACCUAGUGUGGAGGGACACAGAGAAGUUCGAUCCAAGAGCGCCACACCUUCCUCUGACAUCACAGCAUCUGACCUUGUGAACUUCCAGCAGCAGCAGGCCUUACAAGUUGCACGACAGAUCCUUCUCCAACAGCAACAGCAAAGCAGUGCCCACAAGUCCCCAAAAAACAAUGACAAGCAACCUGCACCACAGGUCCCAGUUUCUGUUGCUAUGAUGACACCACAGGUCAUAACUCCUCAGCAGAUGCAGCAAAUCCUCCAACACCAGGUUCUGAGCCCACAGCAGCUCCAGCUGUUACUGCAGCAACAACAAGCACUGAUGUUACAGCAGCAGCAACUCCAGGAGUUCUACAAGAAACAGCAAGAACAACUCCACCUUCAGUUCAUCCAGCAGCAGCAUGGCAGCAAACAGCAGAGUAAAGAGGUGUCUGCGCAGCAGUUGGCAUUCCAGCAACAGCUGCUUCAGGUUCAGCAGCUUCAGCAGCAGCAUCUCCUGAGCCUGCAGAGACAAGGGCUGCUGUCCAUUCAGCCCAACCAGACUCUACCCCUGCACUCCCUCACUCAGGGCAUGAUUCCAGCCGAACUGCAGCAGCUGUGGAAGGAGGUGACAAACAGCCAUGUAAAGGAGGAGAACAGCGCGACCAAUAACGGUCACCGGGGUCUGGACCUGUCAUCCCCCUCCCCUGUUCCCCCCAAAAACCACAACCAGCAUGGAUCCACCAACGGCCAGUACAUCAGCCACUCGCUCAAGAGAGAGGGAUCAACGUUGGAUGAUCAUUCUCCUCACAGUCACCCUCUCUAUGGUCACGGAGUCUGCAAAUGGCCAGGAUGUGAAGCCGUGUUUGAAGACUUUCAGUCAUUCCUGAAACAUCUGAAUAAUGAACAUGCCUUGGAUGACAGGAGCACGGCGCAGUGCAGGGUACAGAUGCAAGUAGUUCAACAGCUGGAACUGCAGUUAACGAAAGACAAAGAACGUCUCCAAGCAAUGAUGACUCAUCUUCAUGUGAAGUCUACAGAGCCCAAACCUGCCCCACAGCCACUGAACCUGGUCUCUAACGUCACCCUGUCCAAGACGGCUCCUGAGGCUUCGCCGCCCCUCAGCUUACCCCAAACGCCCACCACCCCAACGGCCCCCCUCACACCACUCUCACAAACCCACUCUGUUAUCACCCCCACCAGCCUGCACAGUGUCGGUCCCAUGCACAGACGCUACUCGGACAAGUACAUCAUGCCCAUAUCUCCAGAUAUUGUCCAGAACAAAGAGUUCUACAUGAAUGCUGAAGUACGACCUCCUUUCACAUAUGCUUCGCUAAUACGGCAGGCAAUACUAGAGUCGCCAGAAAAACAGCUAACACUAAACGAGAUCUACAACUGGUUCACGCGAAUGUUUGCAUAUUUCAGACGCAAUGCAGCAACGUGGAAGAACGCAGUGCGACAUAACCUUAGUCUUCACAAGUGUUUUGUGCGGGUAGAGAACGUUAAAGGGGCGGUAUGGACCGUCGACGAGCUAGAGUUCCAAAAGAGAAGGCCGCAAAAGAUCAGUGGAAGUCCGGCUCUAGUAAAGAACAUCCAUACCACUUUGGGAUAUGGUCCCGCUCUUUCUGCAGCCUUCCAGGCUUCAAUGGCAGAGAACAACAUACCUCUAUACACUACCGCUUCCAUCGGAAGUCCCACUCUUAACUCUCUUGCCAGCGCCAUCCGAGAUGAAAUGAAUGGGGCCAUGGACCACGGGAACAGCAACGGUAGUGACUGCAGCCCUGGACGCUCGCCCCUGCCAGCUAUGCAUCAUAUCAGCGUAAAAGAGGAGCCACUGGACCCCGAGGAGCUCGAAGGUCCCCUUUCCCUUGUGACUACAGCCAAUCACAGUCCAGACUUUGACCACAACAGAGAUUACGAGGAUGACCAUGGUCACGAGGACAUGCUGUAAGCCUGGUUUCUCCCAGGUCCUCUGCUGAAGAGGCCAUACUAACUGCGGUCACCUGUGAGACCACUCCAGACAUAGCAAGCCCAAGACUGGAUUCACAAUCCUCUUGUUGACAGCUAUUAAAAUGUUCCAAUUUACUCUUAGUGCCAUUAAAUACGAAACAAAAUACGAGAUAAGAAAAUCUAUUCCAUUUGGAAGUAUUUUUGAUUUGUUUCUACUUUUCGGUUUAAAGACGAGAUAAGUACGUUUCUACUCAUCGCCUGAUGAAGAGUCGUUUGGUACUGGGGCCUGCUUUUACUUCCUUUUGGCAUAAGUGUCACUGAGACCAGAGCGGACAUGAAGACACAGCUGAGAAAGACUUGUUAAUAAACACUGAUCACGAACUCUCACACACAAAUCAAGUCACAGUGUGUGUGUACGUAUUAAUUCAUUGUCUCUGCCUUCCGAUCUUCUCAAAGGGACCGUUCACCCAAAAAUGAAAAAACUGUCAUCAUUUACUCACCCUUAUGUGGUUCCAAACCCGUAUGACAUUCUUUCUUCCAUGAAACACAAAAUGAUUUGUUUUAAAGAGUGUACUUGGUUGCUUUUUCAUAUAAUCAAUAUAAUGAGAGUGAAAGCUCUCCCUGAGUUCAUGAAAGAAGUAGGGUUGUCUGAACUGUGAGCGAAUCACUUUAAGUCAGAUCUUUUUAGUGAAUUAGUUGAAGUUCAAAAGCAACUGACUGAUUCUUGACUUCAGCUCACUGAUCAAUGAUCUGCUCACAGCUCAAUGAAAGGGAAGGUUUUCAGUGAAUGGUGACUUCGAUUUUGGAUUUUUAGAUUCUUACCCAGGACUUGGAAUAUAGGAAAACAAUAUGGACCCCCUUUAUGAUGCUUUUAUGUCACUCCACUCCUCAUUAAUUGCAAAAUGCAUGAAAAUGAGCAGCUGGUACACUCUUUAAAAAUGUCUUAUUGUGUGUUUUAUGGAUAAAAGGAAAGUCAUACAGCUUUUGAACAACAAGAUUUUGAAUAAAUGACAAAAAAAAUUUAAGUGCACUAUUCCUUUCAAAUUCGUUGUCAUCGCAGCUGGAGGAUAUCUUUUUGGUGUUUUGAGUGUUCCUGGGCAAAUAAUUUAAAGUAAUGUCUUCUCAUUACUCUGUGGUGUUAGCUAUAUACAGUAUCCUUUUUGUUGGGUUUGUUUGUUUUGGUAACUGAUCAGACCUCAUGAAUAAUGACGUGGAGUUAUGGCGUGCUUAGCACUGGAUGAAUGUUAAGGGUUCUCAUGCUCUCUUUUUUCUUUCUUUCUUUCUUUUUCGAGACUGAAACAGAAUGUCACAUUACCUUGUAGUUAUUUUUCUGUCAUUUAUUGCUAGCGUUUCAGAUCACCACUUUGCAGUCACAUUGCCCUUGCGUGCCGACACACAAACACACACACACACACACACACACACACACUCUCUUUCCCGCUCAUGAAGUCCAUCUGCAAAUGCACUACUUGUAAUGAAGGCUCCCUCUCCACGCACCAGUGAAGUUUAAUUUUCACGUGGAAUGAAUGACAGAGAAAUCAACGUAGGUUAACGUUUAUCGUUCUGAAAUUAUACUUUCAAAAAUCCCCUUUUGUGGUGAUGCAUGUUAGCGUCAACCAAAUCGCUAAUCGAAACCAUCAUCUGUACUGCAAAAUGAAAUGUCAAAAAAUGUUGAAAUAAGCACCAUGGAGAGGAUUGUUAGACAAAAGCUAAUUGUGAUUUCUGAACGUUAUUGUCGGCAUAUAUGAAACUUUUAUUUUUUUGCCUUUUUAUUCAAUUCUGUCUAAAAAGACUUUAAACUGCAUUCCCUCUAGUUUCAGUAUCUGUCUCGCCACAUCAAUGACCAGCUCAGUCUCUGUUAUUAGACAUGAUAAUACUUACACACGGGAUAAACGUAAAGGGAUUAUAAACCACAGCCAUGACCACUGAGCAUUACGGCACUGGGGCAACCCACUAUGACCAUUCGCUUCUUGCCACAUCACCUUGGAAACCAUUGUUUCUGACUGGCUGUUUCCACGCAGGCCAUUUGAAUCUGGGAAGCAGCUCUGAAUUGGAAGCUGCUGUCGCUGACUAGUUUUGAUUCACAUUUUGGGACUGCGCAAAGAUGAGAACAGACUUUAGAUUAGGCUUCUACAAAUCAUACUGACUGCGUUUUGUUUUUCGAAUGUCUGCAACCAACCACUUUCUGUGUUCUUAUUUAUUACUUCCAUUUUUAUUGUCAUCUUGUUUUUACUUAAGUUGACGUUUAUGUGUCUUAUCUGUGACUACCAAAGAUACAAGAUACUACAAGUUAAUAUAUUCUAUGUUCCAUGCAAUAGCUAAACAAAAGGCCAAAUAUCCUUAUAGUGUUCCCCGCACUGGCCAGACGCAAUGUCUGUUACUGUGUCUGGCUUAUUAUGGUGAAGAAGAAAAAAAGCCAAAGGGUUGUUCGAUGGGCAGCUGUAUGUCUUUGCCUGUGACCAAAAUAGUAGAGGAAAGGCAGAGAUCAAGACCAACACACGACCAAAUCAAAGCAAUGUUGUCUUUGGGCCAAUGAAAAGGAAAAAAGGGAGUGUUCUAUCAGGAAAUGAUGGCUAUAAAGGAGAAGGAUAUGGAUGAAAGAGCUUAGGACUGUUCACUGUCGUCACAGGAAAUUUAAAUCCAGGAGGGGGAAACAUUUGCAUAACACAAUGUGAAUUGAACUUCAAACUGGACCACACAAUGAUGAGUUUCAUUUGUUCUCAUACUUUAGAAUUGUUUUUUUUUUUUUUUUUUUUUUUUUUAAUUUGAAAAAAAUUGUAUGCCACUUACCUUGUAAAUUCGAAACGGGAUUCCCAAUGUCCUUUUGUUAACCUUGGCAAUGCUCUAUGAUUGUGUUUUAGUGUCUGUCAACUUAUUACUUUUUUAUAUUAAAAAACACUCCUGUCAACCAAUAAGCUGGGUACAAGGUACUUCAAUGGCAGUAACUACUAUUUGUAAAUUUAUCCAAGCAUUUCGUAUUGAUGAGAAGGAGUCACUGAAAUGAAUCGAGCAUACGGGCAGCUGCAUUGGGAAAGAUUCGGGGCUCAUCUGAGGGCUGUUUCUGAUUGUUAUUCUUAAGAAGACAGAUGAGACCAUUCGUCGCAUGUGUAGCUCGGCAUUACUGAAGAAAUACAGCAUGAGAAACUGUUAGUAUGCAUACCUCAGUUCAAACCUAUAGGGAAUGAGUAACUAAGAAAAAGAUGUAACAUUUCACUCAGUUGCACUUAGUUGUGUGUCUUGCAUGUUUAGUCUAAAACUGUAACAAACUAUUUUAAGAAAAAGAUUUAAGAAAAAAUAUAUAAAAAUCAGAGCUUGUUUAUCAUGAGGUUGUUUUUUUUUUUUUCUUCUUUUAAAUCAAUCCAAACCUCAGGAUUUUUUGUCGUUAAGAAACGCCACUCAGCUUCUUCAAUUUAUUUUGCUUCUCACAUUGCUUCUCACAUUCGGUAAACUGUUUCUGUUUCUGAUCUUUUAGCUCAUGUUGAAGUAGGUUGUACAUACAACACAUUAUAGCUUGUGUGUCCUCAUUUUCUCCUGAUUCUUUUCAAAGAACAAAAAAAAAAAAAAAAAUACUGUUUGUAUCACCAUGUUUGCUUAAUCACAAAUGCUUUGUAUUUACUAUUAAAAAAAGACGGAAAACACAAA